UGGGAUUGUUAACAUGCUGUCUGGUCUGGAUAACAAACUGAAUGAUGUGAACACCAAGAUGAAUGAUCUUGAUAACAAGCUGGAUAAACUGAAAUGUUACAACAGCAGUGGAUUUUGUUACAUUAGUGCCCAAUUAUCCCCAAUCACAAAGUCAUUAACAGGAAAGACAGAAAAUGAGAGGGAGGGAAGCACUUACCAGAAAAAAGAAGGACCAGGGGGAUCAGGAGAGAGUAAGAAAAUUAAACAGAUGGAUCCAUGCUACGUAUUAGUAAAAGACUUAGAAAAAACUGAAGAAAAAAACCCUCAGGAAACCAAGAGGAAACUACCCCUGAUGAUGGAAAAGGCCCAGAAGAAGAAAAAAAGUGGAGAAAAAAAGCCUCAGGAAACCAAGAGGAAACUACCCCUGAUGAGUGAUAAGGGACAGAAGAAAAAGAAAAUGUAACUUGAUGUAUUUUUUUCAUUCUGAAUAAAAUCUGUGU